GAUGCGCACUACGUCACUUCCUUUCCGGUGUUAUCUGACAACAUGGACGCCAGCCGCGUGCAGCCGAUCAAGCUUGCAAGAGUCACCAAGGUGCUCGGUCGAACUGGUUCACAGGGACAAUGUACACAGGUGCGUGUUGAGUUCAUGGACGACAGCAAUCGCUCCAUCAUCAGAAAUGUGAAGGGUCCAGUCAGAGAAGGAGACGUUCUGACUCUUCUGGAGUCUGAAAGAGAGGCCAGGAGGCUGCGAUAGGGUUCUGCUGAAGCUGAGGAGCGUCAGUGUGAUCGGCGGACUACAGCCCACAUUCAGAUGGUUUGAAAUAAAUUGGAGUAUUAAGAUGA